GAAAUGAAGUCUGACCAAUCAGAGUGUCUCUGUGUGACUCUUCUGCUUCUCCUCCAGUCGUCUGUGUCAAAAUCAGAGAGUUUCCAGGUUCAUGGUCCAGCUGCUCCUGUUGUUGUGUCCCCUGGUGAAGAUGCUGUCCUGCCCUGUUACCUCUCACCCAGCAUCAGUGCUGUGGACCUGGAGAUCAGGUGGUUUCGAGGGGAUUAUAAUUCCCCCGUGCGUUUGUAUCAAAACCUCAAUUAUAACACUAAGAUACAGAACCCAGCCUACAGGGACAGAGCUGAGCUGUUCCUGCAGGAGCUCCCCAGAGGCAACGUGUCUCUCAAGCUCACGGACGUGCGUCUCUCAGAUCAUGGACAGUACAAGUGUUUAGUGGAGUCUGUGGAUCAUUAUGAAGACACUCUAAUUUCCCUGGCUGUUAGAGAUGUUUCAGUGUCUCUCCACUCCCCUGGAGGAGGUCAGACCCAGCUGCUGUGCAGGUCUGAGGGCUGGUUCCCUGCACCUGCAGUGAUCUGGACAGACAGGGAUGGACAUGAUGUGACCUCACUGUCCAGCAGCACAGUGGGGAAGGACAGUCAGGGGCUCCUCAGUGUCAACAGCUACAUCCCAGUCCAGCAGGAGUCCAACAUCUUCUCCUGUCUGGUCAGAAGCACACAGUCCAAGGCAGACGGGGAAUCUCAGCUCCACAUACCCA